AUGAAGCACUCAACCAUGGCUACCUUUCUCCUUCUCACCCUCAUUUCCAUCUCCGUUGACACCAAACCCAUUAAUCCCUACAUGAAGUUCGUGCACAAUGCCAACAACAUACCAGACCAUCAAGAACAACAACCAUACGACUACAUAGUCAUCGGCGGCGGAACCGCCGGCUGCCCGUUAGCCACAACACUAUCCACAAACUUCACCGUCCUCCUCCUCGAACGAGGCAGCGAACCGACCAAGUUCCCGUCCGUGUUAAACAAACAAGGCUUACUAAACGCAUUCACCGACGACGACGACGGGAAAGGCCCGUACGAGCGGUUCGUGUCGGAGGACGGCGUGGAGAAUCUACGAGGGAGGAUCUUGGGCGGGAGUAGCAUGAUCAAUGCAGGAUUCUACUCAAGGGCUCAUAGGGAGUUCUUUGAAAGUGGAGGCGUUGAAUGGGAGAUGGAGAUGGUGGAGAAGGGUUAUGAAUGGGUUGAGGAGACGGUGGUGUCUCGGCCAAGUUUGAGCUCUUGGCAGGCGGCGCUUAGAAGGGCGAUGUUGGAAGGUGGGGUUGGGCCUGAUAAUGGGUUUGAUUUGAGAAGCGUUGUGGGGACUAAGACUGGUGGUUCGAUCUUUGAUGAACAUGGGAAUAGACGUGGAGCUGUGGAGUUUUUGAAUAAGGUUGAAUCUAAUAACCUUAAGGUUGUUGUUGAGGCAAGUGUCCAUAGAAUCAUCUUCUCUGGUUUAUCUGCAACUGGGGUUUCCUAUUCCGAUUCAAAAGGAAAGUCACAUACAGCAUACAUCCGCAAGAAAGGAGAGAUCAUAUUGAGUGCCGGAGCCAUUGGAAGCCCACAACUCCUCCUUCUAAGCGGAAUCGGCCCAAUAUCUCAUCUCUCCUCCCUCAACCUCCCCGUCGUCCUCCACCAACCCCACGUCGGCGAAUUCAUGUCCGACAACCCCCGUUUCGGCGUCAACAUAAUGCUACCAUUUCCACUCCCAACCACCACCGUAGAAGUCGUCGGAACCACCGAAACAAACACCCAUUUCGAAUCCCUCUCAAAUUUCCUUCCAUUUUCAAUUCCCCCCUCCUUCGCCCUCCUCCCUCCUCACUCCACUUCGCUCAAUUUAAGCCUAGUCGUAAUCAGUGGAAAAUUCUCCAAAGUGGGUUCUGUGGGGUCUCUCCGGUUGAAUUCCUCCACCGAUGUGCGGCGGAGCCCCACCGUUCGGUUCAAUUAUUUCACGCAGCCGGAGGAUCUGGCUCAGUGUGUUAAAGGGUUGAGGAAAAUUGGGGAUUUGCUGAAUACCCAAACGAUGGAGAAGAUUAAGACGGCGGAUUUGGAGGGGAAAAAGAGAGUUCAGUUUUUGGGGGUACCGUUGCCGGAAAACAUGGCGGAUGAUGGAUUAGUUGGGGAGUUUUGUCGGAAAACGGUGACAACGUUUUGGCAUUACCAUGGAGGAUGUUUGGUCGGAAAAGUGGUGGACGGGAAUUAUAGAGUUGUUGGAGUUGAAAAGCUGCGUGUCGUUGACGGCUCCACUUUCUCCGACUCGCCGGGAACCAAUCCUAUGGCCACUGUCUCCAUGUUGGGCCGGUAUGUUGGUCUCAAGAUGCUUCGAGAAAGAUUAAGUGCGUAAAAUCGACGGCUAGGAGUUGAGAAGCCAUUUUCUUAUUUUACUAUUAUAAAAAAGAAAAUAAUAAUA